AUGAAGUCGAUUUCUUAUGUUUUAGCUUUUGUCAUAAGCAUCUCAAGCAUAUAUUUGAGCCAUGCGGAGAUUAAUCAAAACUCAGAAAUAAGAGAAACAUUUGAUUCGGAAGUCCCCAUACCAAUAAAACUCAACUAUGGGAACCAGAAAAUUUAUAAUAAAAUUCGACCCCCAACGGGCAAGCUGGAAGAACAAAUCGCAGAAAAUAUCAAUGAAAUAAGGACUGAGAAUUUCCUGGAUGACUCUAACUAUGACGAUAACACAGAGAUUCCAUCAAGCUUCGGACUCAAAAGGUUAUGGGGAAAGUGGCGGCGAAGAAGGAAAUCUACCAAAGCACCAUUAGAAGCCACAACAAAACCAGCAGACCCAGGCACCUCCACCGCUAUUCCGACCCCAACGGGAACGCCUCCAACUUCCACAGCUAUCCCGUCAUCAACGGGAGUUCCGACAACAUCAACUGCUAUUCCAAUAACUCCAACAAAGCCUGGAGAAGCAACAUCCCCUGCUAUUCCGACAUCAACCCCGAUCACAUCUACAGCACUUCCUACGCCAACAGGAACCCCAACAACAUCUCCUGCUAUUCCAACUUCAACAGAAUCCCCAACAACAUCCCCUGCCAUUCCUUCUUCAACAACGCCUCCUGUAACUCCAACUAAACCAGAAGACCCAACAACGUCCCCUGCCAUACCUUCUUCAACAACGACUACACAGGAACCAACAACAUCUCCAGCUAUUCCAACUUCAACAGAAUCCCCAACCACAUCCCCUGCCAUUCCUUCUUCCACAACGACUACACAGGAACCAACAACAUCUCCAGCUAUUCCAACUUCAACAGAAUCCCCAACCACAUCUCCUGCAAUUCCUUCUUCGACAACGACUACACAGGAACCAACAACGCCUCCUGUAACUCCAACUAAACCCGAAGACCCAACAACGUCCCCUGCCGUUCCUUCUUCCACAACGUCUACACAAGAACCAACAACAUCUCCAGCUAUUCCAACUUCAACAGAAUCCCCAACCACAUCUCCUGCAAUUCCUUCUUCGACAACGACUAAACAGGAACCAACAACAUCUCCAGCUAUUCCAACUUCCACAGAAUCCCCAACCACAUCCCCUGCCAUUCCUUCUUCAACAACGACUACACAGGAACCAACAACAUCUCCAGCUAUUCCAACUUCCACAGAAUCCCCAACCACAUCCCCUGCCAUUCCUUCUUCCACAACGACUACACAGGAACCAACAACAUCUCCAGCUAUUCCAACUUCAACAGAAUCCCCAACCACAUCUCCUGCAAUUCCUUCUUCGACAACGACUACACAGGAACCAACAACAUCUCCAGCUAUUCCAACUUCCACAGAAUCCCCAACCACAUCUCCUGCAAUUCCUUCUUCGACAACGACUACACAGGAACCAACAACAUCUCCAGCUAUUCCAACUUCCACAGAAUCCCCAACCACAUCUCCUGCAAUUCCUUCUUCGACAACGACUACACAGGAACCAACAACAUCUUCAGCUAUUCCAACUUCCACAGAAUCCCCAACCACAUCUCCUGCAAUUCCUUCUUCGACAACGACUACACAGGAACCAACAACAUCUCCAGCUAUUCCAACUUCCACAGAAUCCCCAACCACAUCUUCUGCAAUUCCUUCUUCGACAACGACUACACAGGAACCAACAACAUCUCCAGCUAUUCCCACUUCAACAGAAUCCCCAACCACAUCUCCUGCAGUUCCUUCCUCAACAACGACUACACAAGAGCCAACAGUUCCUGUAACUCCAACUAAACCAGGAGAAUCAACCACGUCCCCUGCAAUUCCCACUUCAACAGAGAGCCCAACAUCAACAUCCAAUGCGAUUCCGAUAUCUCCAAGUACAACAACGGAAGAACCAUCAACAUCCAAUGCUAUUCCAAAUACUUCAACCUCAACAACUGAAAUGACAUGA